UCAACCAUAUGUUACUCUAUUCCAUUAUGAUAUCCCUCAAGCACUUGAAGAUGAGUAUGGAGGAUGGCUUAGCCGAAAGAUUGUAAGGCAGUAGAUAUAGGAGGGAGGCCCAAAGGUGCUCCACUACUUGGAGGCAGCAGCAAAAGACCACAUCCAUUCUGUCGGAGGAGGAGGAGGUGGUGAUGGUGGUGGUAUAGGCAAAGCAGGAAAUAUGAAAAACAUACCCCAAACAUAAUAUAUCAAACCGUGAGUGAAGAUUUCACAGCAUAUGCAGAUGUGUGCUUCAAAGAAUUUGGUGAUCGAGUUUCAUCUUGGACUACCAUGAAUGAGGCCAAUGGGUUUGUUAUGGGAGGGUAUGACACAGGUGUAUUUCCUCCAGGCCGUUGUUCUUCCCCAUUUGGUCUCAAUUGCACAAGAGGCAACUCGACAACAGAGCCAUACAUUGCCACACAUAAUAUCUUGCUGGCUCAUGCAUCAGCCGCCGGAUUGUACAAGGAGAAGUACCAGGCCAAGCAAAAUGGAGUUGUAGGUCUCAAUAUCUUAACCUACGGGAUGGUUCCUUGGACAAACUCAACUGAGGAUGUGAUAGCAGCCCAAAGGGUCCAUGACUUCUUUCAUGGUUGGUUUCUCGACCCUUUAGUUUUUGGAGACUAUCCUGAAUCUAUGAAGAAGAAUGUUGGCUCAAGGCUCCCUAGUUUCACCCCACACCAAUCAAAACUAGUGAAAGGCUCAUGUGAUUUCUUUGGACUGAACCACUAUAGAACAAUGUAUAUCAAGGAUGAUCCCGACAGUCUCAAAAGGACUGAAAGAGAUUACCAUGAAGACAUGGCUGCAAAGAUGUUAUCUAAGCAGGGUCCUUUACCAAGUGGUCAGUUUCCUAUUGAUCCUGCUGGUCUGCAAAGUGUGUUAGAGCAUCUCAAGCAAGUUUAUGGCAACCCACCUGUGUUCAUUCAUGAAAAUGGUCAAAUGACACACAACAAUGCUUCAUUGAGUGACACAUCCCGAGUGGAAUACUUGGAAGCUUUCAUUGGAGGAGUGCUCCAGGCCAUGAGAAAUGGGUCGGAUACUAGAGGGUAUUUUGUUUGGUCCUUCAUGGAUGUGUUCGAAUUAUUUGAUGGCCUCAAAACCUCCUUUGGCCUCUAUUAUGUAGACUUUAAUGAUCCAGAUUUGAAGAGACAUGCUAAGUUCUCUGCACACUGGUACUACAACUUUCUCAAGGGAAGAAGGAAGAAUCAGUACCUAUGGGAUCAUUGAAGCACUCUCCAAUCUUUUACCCUGUUCUUAGCUUUUUUAUAGUAUGGAUUCUCUGUACAGAAGAUGACAAGGGUCUUUUUAAGGUCCCUUCCAUUAGAUUGUACUGUUCUUAUUUUGAAUUAAUUCAUGCUAAAACUCACAAUUUGAUAUUAUACACUUUUGAUCA